AUGCAGGGUUCACAUCUUGCUUCCGCGCGAUCCUCCUCCAUCCCCGAGCCCACCAUGAGCAAAUAUACCGAAGAUGAUCUGCCCGAGUUCACGCCUAUGCCAUGGACUUUGAAAGAGAUUCGGGCUGCGAUUCCCUCGCACCUCUUCGUGAGAGACACACCACGGGGGUUUUUGUACCUCACUCGGGACCUGUUAAUGGCAGCAAUAGCCUGGAAACUCGCUACUUUGAUCGACCCAUUCUUCCAAAGCGCUGCGAUUCGCUCUCAGUUGAGUCCGCUUGGCGCGGAAGCUUCUCGGUGGCUCGCCUGGGGUGUCUACUGGUGGUUCCAAGGUCUAAUAUUCACAGGAAUUUGGGUAAUUGGACACGAGUGCGGCCACAGUGCAUUCUCUUCGACACGCAUAGUGAACGAUGUGAUUGGCUUCAUCACCCACUCUUUCCUUUGGACUCCAUACUUUAGCUGGAAGAUUUCCCAUCACCGACACCAUAAGAGCCAUGCUUCAAUGGAACGUGAUGAAGUUUACGUGCCGAAGACGCGCAGCGACCUUGGGAUUCCAUUGAAGCCUAAUGAAGAGAUUGACUGGGAAGAGUACUUUGGCGAUACGCCAGUGUACACGUUGUAUAUGCUUAUGCGCCAACAGCUACUGGCGUUCCCCGCCUAUCUACUCUUUAACGUCUCAGGCCAGAAGAACUAUCCCAAGUGGACAAAUCACUUUGAUCCAAAUUCAAUUCUAUUCACCAAAAGCCAACGAACCCAAGUGAUCCUAUCUAAUCUCGGACUUCUCACAAUGGCAUGGGGAGUAAAGUACGCUUGCUCCAAGUACUCCGCGGCAGAAGUCAUCAAGUACUACGGGAUUCCAUGGCUCGAAGUCACCCAUUGGUUCAUCAUGAUCACGUACCUACAUCACACAGACCCACUCCUUCCACACUACCGAGGAACUGAAUGGAACUACCAGCGCGGUGCCGCUGCGACCGUCGACCGGAACUUCUUGGGCUGGCAGGGCCGUUUCUUCUUGCACGAUGUCGCCCAUUACCACGUAAUCCACCACUUCUUCCCAAAGAUGCCUUUCUAUCAUGCACCGGAAGCUACCCAACACUUGAAAGCUUUCAUUGGAGAUCAUUAUGCGUACUCCGACAAACCUAUAUUCAAGGCACUCUGGGACAGCUACAACAGAUGUCAGUUCGUCGAGGAUGAAGGAACUGUGUUGUUCUAUCGUGACAAGGAGGGAAAGGCCGUUAGACGUCCGGCCGCACUUUAUAGGGCACCUUCCUCAGCCAAGGCUGAUACCUCGGCGAAGCUCUAA